AGGUGGACCAGGAUUAGAAUCAGACCCUCGUGAUCCUUCAGGAAAAUAAAAUAUUAUUUGAUAUUAGUUUCUCUCGAGGGACUAGCCCCUUUCUGCGCUAUAAUUCCCCUUAAGAACAACACACGAGGCUAAUAUAGUAAUGUAACUAGCUUUAUUGAGAAAACAGUCAAGACACAACUUCAAAUUAUAUUUUAUUUUCCUGAAGGAUCACAAGGGGCUGAUUUUAAUCCUGGUCCGCCUGUGCUGAAAUGGAUUCUGUCUGAUACAUUCAGGAUCGGCGGAGUGGUCUCAUUACUGUGUGUGUUGGGGGGGAGAAAGAUAGAUUUAUUGGUAGACUGUGGUUUCGAUGGGGAGAGAGGUGCCUAGGUUUGACAUAAAGUUCAAUACAAACAGUUAGGGUCAUAACUAAAUUGGGGCCAUUUUGUAAAUAAAGAAACUAUACAAUCACAGCAGAGUACCCACCCCCUCCCCCUUGUUUUUUUGUAUGCCAAGCGAUCACAAAAUGGCGGCGCGAAUGGGAGUACGGAUAUACAGCCUAACCGUUUGACACCCUGUAAAUAAUAUGCCAUUCAAUAUCCAAAAACACGCUCUUAUAGUUCACUAAACGCUGAACACAGACCCGGAAAGCACUGUCGACUCGAUGCUAAUACGUUGUAAUAAGCUAAGAUUUCCAAACAUAAUACCAAAACAAUGCCAUUAUUCAAAUUGAUUGACUUCAUACUUGACAAGAAACCAACGUAUGCACCAACUGACCCCAAGGCACGCCUGUGGUUUGGAAGAGCACUGUGUACUCGCUUAGACCUGUUGCUGCCUCUGAUCUCAAUAGUGCUAAAUGUAACAGACAUUGUGUUGGACCUAUUGGUGGCGUUGGAACACUGGCGCAGAAAAGACUAUAUUUGGUUCACCCUCACUGUUCUUAUUGUUGUCAUAUCCUCUGUUGUGGUGCAGAUCUACUCGGCUUACAAGCUCUGGGAAAGGGUAGUAAUGAACAAAUGGCUCGAAAAGAUUGGGAUAAAGACGAACGCCAUCAGCUACAUAAUGCACGUGUUCCAACUUGGGCAGGCCUUAAGAUUUUGGCGGAUCUUCAGGACUGUAAGAAGGAUCCGCGCCUUAGACGACACUCAUGAUGAUGAACAAACGAAGAUGCAAAAGCAAAGAUUGCUAAUAGACCAGCAGCUCAGUGUAAGAUUACUGGGUGUUCUCACGGCCUUUAUGGAAGACGCUCCCCAGACUGUGCUUCAGCUCUAUAUCCUGGUGAUAUCCAUGCGCUGGGAAUGGACACAGGGGAAUAUCCUAAUGACGGUCAAUAUCCUCAAAUCGCUUGCAAUGUUCUCGUUGUCCCUUGUGGGAUAUGCGAAAUACACACAUUUGGCAGACGCUGAUGUUCGUCCUCUACCCGUUUGUGCCGAAAUCGGAUUGUUUUCGUGGAUUUUUUUUUGUUUAGUUUCCCGAGUAGUCAGCCUAGUAGUUUUUGCGUCUGUUUUCAAAGGGUUGCUAUUCGCUAUGACAAUGGUUCAUUUUGUGUUGUCCAUCAUUAUUCUAUACCCCCAGGAGUGUGAUUAUUUCCAAAACAGCAGAGUGAAAUCCUUUUUGUUCAAAUUAGCGAUCGCUUACAUACACCAGUUCUCGUUUUUUCCGCUUGCAGCAUGCAGAACACGAAGGUACAGUAUCCCAUACCAUUUUAUCAUAUUAAUAGAAAAUGCAGCCAUGGUAAUAUUCUGGGGUCUAUACACAUACUACAGUACAGAUUCCAUUAUCGCCGUUGCAGUCGUAGUUGGUGUGGCGUUUAUGAUAGGCAUUUCAUCGAUGGUGUGUUAUUACAACUGCCCCGUCUACUGCCAUCCAUCACGACCUCAAGCCAACCAAAUACCUGACUUUAAGCCAUACACAAUAUACGAGACAGCGGUAUAGAACAAAACCAUGAAGAAACUGACUUCAAGGUGGAUAUAAUAUACGAGCCAGAGGUAUAGACUGCAGAACAAUGUGUAAUAAAAUAUAGUUAGCGCUAGUGCAACCAUAAACCCAGCUGGCCGUGUACUGACUAGUACUUGAAAAACAUGAACAAUAUCUUGACACUUGUAUAACACCUUCCACAAUUUACCCUUUAUCCAUAUAUUCAUAAGGUCUUAUCAGACAGGGCCCCGAUUGCUUGAAGGCUAUUUUCAUUGACAAAGGCACAAAAAUCUGAAAAAUAGCACUGUACAAAACAUCCAUUCAUAUGGCCUUAUGAUACCUCCCCCUCCUCCAAGUCCCGCUACUAAAAUGACUCUUGAUUUAGUACAGUAUAUUCUUAGCCUUUCUGCUUAUAUUUCAAGUUAAAGAAUGUAACUUUUGUCAGUAACGUUUGGUAAAGAAAACUGAAGUAAAACUAUAUACUUAUACUUUAGAGACUCAUCCAUGUACAUGCUUGUGUACUCGAUGCAAAAUAAAAAGAUGUCUAUGUCUAUAUGAACAUUGUGCAGGACAAUUUUUAAACUCCAAAAAAUUAAAAUAUGAUACCCCGGGGUGGGCCCCUUUUCUAGCAGUGAAAGAUACAGAACAUGUAUGGGACACUAUCUGACAUACACGAGAAAAUGUAGUAUAUAGAUUUAGGCACUGCCUAAAAGCGGAGCCCGCAUUUAACAUCUUUAUGUGUUGACUGAUAGGGGUAGUUUUAGGGGGAUCUACUGUAGGUUUCUUUAGAAUGGUUUUAAAUUAAAUUAAAUUAAAAAUAUGUAAAUUUUCUACUUCCAUGUCAUUAUGAAUUGUAUUGGCCCCUUCAAAUGGAUCAAGCAAGCGCUAAUUUAAUAAUAUUCAAUAUGCAGUAUGAAAGUUAACAAAUACUAAACCUUGCAAUGAAUAUAUCAAGGAUGUAACAGCAUUCCAAAGAUUUAGAUACCAUACUUUAGUUCUCAUGUACCGCAACUGAUUAUUCAGAGGAAUGUGUUGAAAUUAGCUCCACAAAAAUUCCUCCUGUCAUGCACUACAUAUUGGAGCACCCAGCCUUUGGCCUGUUGUUUUUAGAAACCCUGGACCCACCAAUACUGGCUUAUCAAAAAUGAAUGUAAUGGAGGCAAAUCCUAAAUUACUGAUAGUGCUUAAUUCCAAUUUUUAAUUUCCAACCAAACCAUGUUCAUUGACCUAAGUUAGGGGUAGAGAGCAAUAAAUAAACAAAAUAAACAAAAAUUAUUUAAGAAAAAGGAAUAAAUAAACAAAAAAAAAUUAAUUAAGAAAUGUGACUCUAUUUGAAAAAAUGUGACUGUACUUUAAAAAAAUAUAUAACAAUAAUGUAAUAAUAACUUGACUGAGCAUUAAUAUAAAACUGUUUUCUUUACAGAUUUUUUAUCUAAAAAGCACAAGUUUGUUGUUGUCUUUUAUCUUUAUCUAAUAAAAAAAAACUUCCCUUUAUAGUAUCAAAGCUACAUUCUGACCAGCUCUGCCCUUGCAAAGAAACAAAUAAUGGAUGAAACAGCAUUCCAAAUAUAGAAUGAUAUAGUUAGAUACACAGGUGCCAUACACAAGUUUCAUCUAUCACUUACUGGUUAUACUCCAUCACCAAGAAAACUAAAAUCCACAAAAAUACCUCCAGUCAUGCAUUACAUAUUGGUGCACCCACCCUUUAGCAUGGUAGCCUGCUGUUAUUUUUUAUAUAGAAACUCUGGAUCCACACAUGCUAAUACUACUUCAAAACUUCAAAAUGACUACUUAUAAAUGAAAUGACUACUUCAAAAUAAAAUGCAAUGGAGCAGAACAAAUUGACUUGGGAAGCAAAUUCUAAAAAAAUAAUUGAUAUUACUGAAAGCGCUAAACGAAAAUGUCUAAUUCCAAACCUAGCCUAUUUUAAUUUAUUUAGGGUGCAGUGGGGAAACAGCAAAUAAUAUCAAUUGCAUACAAAAAUAGUUAACAAAUAGAGAACAAAGAAAGAAAUGGGACUAUAUCUUUGUAAAAAAAAAAUUAACAGUAAAAUGCAACAACUUCAUUGACCAAUCUCUUAACAUUUCCCCUUUCCUCAUUAUCUUUAGGUUGAUAGAAAUAAAUGUUUUCUUCACAGAUUUACCAUUGAGAGCAAGUACCUUGCUCUAAAAAACCCUAUUACACUUAUGCUGUGGACAAAAGUAAGAAAUCCCCGACCCGGCAAGGGAAAACGUACACUAGAGAAAAAGCGUUCGGGCUUAUAAACGAAAAAUAUCGUUUAGCGGAUUAUGCAGAACGCUUAUCAGACUUCUACGAAAAACGAUCUCCGAUUUUCAAGAUCCUUUUUCCGAAUUCAAGAUCGUCUGUCCGAAGGCAAUAUCGUUCUUCCGAAGCCAAGAUCGUUCUUCCGAAGGCAAUAUCGUUCUUCCGAAGCCAAGAUCGUUCUUCCGAAGGCAAUAUCGUUCUUCCGAAGCCAAGAUCGUUCUUCCGAAGGCAAUAUCGUUCUUACGAAGACAAGAUCGUUCUCCCUGUUCAUCACUAAGGUUAACACUCGAACGAUUUUCAAGAUCGUUCAUCCGAAGAAAUGGUCGGCUUUACGAAGACAAGAACUUUCAGGGAUUUGAAAAACGUUUAUCAGUGCGUUUAUCGCGAUGAUCGUAAAGGCAGAUUCAAGCUAUGAUAUUAAUGCGCGAGUUCAAUAGCAAGCGCAAAGCCGUCAUAGUAAAGUUGUGGUCGCCAUUAAAAAUCCGUUCGUUUUGAAAAGACAAAAAAAGAUCAAGAGCCGACUCGCUUUCUUAAUUUGCAUACGGCUUAAACAAAUCGAUUGUCGAACUUUACGGAUCGUGUCACUAUCCUAAUGGCAAAAAAAAGCUGAGAUAUAGAGGACUCUUUUUAGAGAGGUCUGUUUGAUGCGCGAGUUUAGUAACAAGCGAGAACUGUCAUAUUGUUGUCGUCACCGUUAACAUGUCGUUGUAUUGCAAAUACAAAUAGAGUCGACUCUUUCUUAGCUUGCAUACGGCAAAUAUCAAGGACAUUCUCCAAACUUUAAAAGCGUUCUUCUGAAUUUCUAAUGACGAUCUUCCGAAUUAUUAGAAUGUUCUCCCGAGCUUCAAGAGAACGAUCGUCCGAAUUUUAAGAGUACGAUCUUCCGAACUUUCCAAAUUUCAGAGAACGAUCUUCCGAACUUUAGAGUUUAAAAAACGUUCUUCCGAUUGUGCCCCGGGAACAAGAUCGUUUAUGAACGAUAUAACGAAGCAAAAUCUUUCCCUUAUUUUUAACAAGAUCGUACCCUCAUUAUAGAAAAAGCAUUCGUUAAUCUUCCACAUUUGCCAAAAAACGUUUUUCGCUAGUGUAUGUUUUCCCCCUUGCCGGGUCACCCCUACCAUGUUAUCUUUAAGACAUUUGCCUGCUAAACACAUUAGAUAGUAUGCAAGGUGCAGACAAUAUAAUCUUAACCAAAAAAUAGAGGUAAUCAGCAGGGUUGGAUCCAGGGUAGUUUACGUAAGUUCCGGAACACACUCAAAGUUUUUCAGACCAAGUUAUUUUGAACUUAAAUGGCUUUUUUAAAAAUACUCCGAUAUCCCUAGAAACUAUUGGCUUGUCUGUGGAAAUCAUUCAAUCUCCUGUAUUUUUGGUUUUUAAUUAAAUUAAACACGUAAAAAGA